GACCUUUGAGACCAGCAGCAGGGACAGGAAGACCAGGAUGGCCACAGAUUUAAGUCAGGACGCGGUGUUACAUUUCCUCCGGAGCGGCGGGGGGUCGGUGAAAAACUCGGACCUGCUUCUGCACUUCAGAAACUUCAUUCGGGACCAUGCGGACCGGGACAGGAACCGGGAGCACUUCAAAAAGUUCGUCAACUCCCUGGCCACCGUCCAACAACUCGACGGCGUCUCGUACGUCGUCCUCAGGAAGAAGUUCAGAGGACGUGUCCCCGGCGGCGGGGAAGGGGGCUCUUCCGGACCGCCGCGACUCCCCGCCGGGAAGAGCACCGAUCCCUCCCCGGAGAACGCCCGGCUGAGCCCGGCUGGGAGAGCAGAGCAGCCUCGGCAGAAACCGCAGCUGAGGGAGGCGACAACACCCGCCCCGCCGGGAGUAACCGCAGAGAAAACAAUCCUACCUGCUGCUGGGCUCAUGCUGAACAACAACAACAACAACGUGGAAACCAACCUCAACCUGCAACACAAAGCCAGCACACCUGAAGGUCCAGGUAGACCUGAAGGUCCAGGUAGACCCGCAGCAGCUCAGGUCCUGACUCAGAUCUCAGAGAGGGCACAACUGAAGACCCCCGGUCCGUCUGAACCUCCCUCUAAAGGGGGACAGCUCAGGCCGGGUCCUGGCCCGCCUCCAGGGAUCACGCCUGUGGUCCCUGCAGUGAGACACCAGCAGGUCCCAGAACCCCUGAGAGGGAGGGGGGCCAGUGUGUACCCUGGAGGAGGUCUUCAUCAGGAGCCUCCUCUUCAUCGCACCCGUCUCCCAAAGGAGCCUCCUCUUGAUCAUGUCCAUCAGGAUCCUCCUCUUGAUCACGUCCGUCAGGAGCCUCCUCUUCAUCACGUCAGUCUCCAUCAGGAGCCUCCUCUUCAUCACGUCCAUCAGGAGCCUCCUCUUCAUCACGUUCGUCAGGAGCCUCCUCUUCAUCAUGUCAGUCUCCAACAGGAGCCUCCUCUUCAUCACGUCCAUCAGGAGCCUCCUCUUCAUCACGUUCGUCAGGAGCCUCCUCUUCAUCAUGUCAGUCUCCAACAGGAGCCUCCUCUUCAUCACAUCCGUCAGGAGCCUCCUCUUCAUCACGUCAGUCUCUAUCAGGAGCCUCCUCUUCAUCACGUCCGUCAGGAGCCUCCUCUUCAUCACGUCCGUCAGGAGCCUCCUCUUCAUCACGUCAGUCUCCAUCAGGGGCCUCCUCUUCAUCCUGUCCGUCAGGAGCCUCCUCUUCAUCACGUCCGUCAGGAGCCUCCUCUUCAUCCUGUCCAUCAGGAGCCUCCUCUUCAUCACGCCAGUCUCCAUCCUCAGGUCACCCAACGCCGCUUAAGACACAGACAGAGCUACAAGUCUGCCGUCUCCUAUGAUGAAGAUGAGGAGGAAGAGGAGGAAGUUCCAAUGAGGCGAGGUUCAGCAGGAGGAGUGUGGCCCCUGAGCGCUCCUCUCGGAGAUAAGGGAAGGGCCACGUUCGCCUCCUCGCCGUGCAUCAUAGAACAGCCUGCUCCUCCCUCCGUCUCCUCUUCCUCCUCUUCAUCAGAAAGGAAUCUCCCGAAGAUUUACAUCCAGGAUGUGAAAGGGGAAGUGCUGCCCCCCGGUGGCCCAGGCUGGGGCCUGGAGUCAGGAGUGGGGCAGAGAGGACAGCUGGCCGGGCCCGGACUGGAACCUGGAUCUGUUCUGGGGGAGUCCACCAGACGCAGCCUGCCUCUAGAGGCGGAGCGAUACGUGGAGCCUCACGGCGAUCUCCACAAGGGCCGCAGACAGGGGCCCACACAGGGGCCCACACAGGGGCCGAAUCCAAACCAAAGGGCGUGGCUGUCGUCCAGCCACAGCAGCAUCUUCUCCCCCUCGUCUGACGCAGGCGUCUCCAGCAGCGAGUGGCUGACGUCGAGCUCCCCCAGAGGACCGGGGUGGAACAGCAGCUACGAGGAUCUACAGGCCAGAACAGGUACGACUGGAGGCGACGCCAAAAUCCAGGAAGUACUGCAGCGCGCCCAGAGGACCAAACCCCAGUCUGUGACACAUGAUGCGGACAGGAAGACCACGGCGCCUUGGCAUCACUCUACAGGCCAUCUCCAUGACGACCGGGAGUCUAAAGCUCCUUCAUCACCAUUCCAUCACUCCGCUGACCAUCUCCAUGACGACCGGGAGCCCACAGCUCGUGUGUUGCCGUGGCACCACUCCACAGGUGAUCUCUGCGACGACCGCGACGACGCAGAGUCGAGCGAAGGCUCCACCUCCACACCGCCGCCACGACUGCGUCCGACUGUCGCCAGGCACCUCAGCAGCCAGUUGAGGAGCAGGAUGUGCCGCAGCCUGGGAGCCGACCUCGACCAGGUCCUCCAGGAGGGGACGAGGGGGGGAGGAAGUGAGGCGGCCCGUCUGAACCGCCUCCACCUGAUCUCGUCCUCGCUCAGCCUUCACCACAACCUGUCAUCCUCCUCGCUGUCGUCCUGUUCCACGCCGCCUCGCUGCCACAGCCUCGCCGACAUGAUCGAGGGGGUGGAGGGGAAAGGGAGGAGGAGGAGCCUCCCCGCCGCCUCCGCUUCCACUGCUCAUCAUGAAGGCUCCAGUAGGCAGUCACUGGUUCCUCUGGAGCCCAAGGAGCACGCCUGGCUGGUGAAGGGGGCGGUGGGUGCCUGGCCCGACAUCUACUCCCUGUUCAGAGAGGACUCGUCCCUGCUCAACAGACGAGACUUCAUCUCCGGGUUCACGGUGCUGCACUGGAUCGCCAAACACGGUGACCACAGAGUCCUCAACACCUUAUGGUAUGGGGUUGAAAAGGCUGGUUUGACCUUCGACAUAAACGCCAGGUCAACAUGCGGCCACACGCCUCUCCACAUUGCCGCCAUCCACGGCCACAAGAGCAUAAUGCGGUUGCUGGUAAGCAAGUUCAAUGCCGAUGUGAAGCUGAGGGACACGGCGGGGAAAAAGCCCUGGCAGUACCUGAGCCACGCCGCGCCGUCUGAAGUCUUCCAGCUGCUGGGAGCUCCUUUGCGGGCUGCUGGGAGAGGAGAGGGAGGAGUCAGGGGAGUAGACUCCAGCUGGAAACCCGAACAGCAGCAACGGCGCCGGCGCCGGCAUCACUUUUCUACGGCUUCCUCGGGGCAGAGGCCGCUGACCAUUGCAAGCACGGCGAAGGUCAAAAGGUCAACGUCGAUCGCUGCGUUCCUCAAACCCAAAUCUCUGCAUCUGUUUCACGGACAUCAGUCUGACUCCUCCGCUUAGAGCCUCACUGAUGGAUUAAGUUGUAUUUGUGUGGAGGAUUCUGAAACCUGAUGGUUUACUCUCCACUCGACUCAGCAACUGUUUGCUGACUGCCUUAUACACACGGACGGGUAACUCGCUGAUUGGACAGUUUUGAAGAACGUCAUCCUGCAUCAUGCAGCGUGGGGGAAAAUUCUGGUGACUGACAGCUGAUCAUUGGAUGAGCAGUAUUACAGUCGGAGCAUGUUUACUCAUUUAGACUUAAUGAACUGCUUUUGACUGUCAAACUGCCACUGCUGCUACUCAUGCGCAUCACCAUGGUUACAAGGAUUUACAUAAAUAUGGUUUAUUCAGAUUGAUUUAUAAGAUUGCUUCUUGAACAGUUCACAAUCAGCAGUUGUCCUGCGUUUUCAGAUCACACAGACUGCACCAGUCGAGUUGUCUCAGUAUUCAGUUAUACUGAUUGAUGUAGAUUAGCUGAUGACGUAGGAAGGGUCAAUUGCAUGUCACUGUUGUACCACAGAUAACACUUAGUAAAAAGACUGGACAGUUUAUGUUUCAGUGGUCAGUGGUGUAGCAUGGAUGGUUAAAUUAGUGGCCUAGAACCGUAGUUAUUUGUUCAAACACAGAGAAAUAAAUACACACACAUAACGUGCAUCUUGAAAAUAAGUGCCACUUUGUGAUCUAACCACGGCACUCACAAAGCAAGAGCUAGCAGUUUAAAAUGGCAGCUGGCGGUGGAGAGUGCUAUCUGACGGUGGAGUAACUACUUGCAGUGUAGCAGCCAGUAUGAAAAUGAACAUAUGGAACAGGACUACCAGGACGAUCUGCUUCUGUAGCUUCACUGAAAUCUACAUUUACUUCACAGUGGAUGCACAAAAUACAAUGGUAUUUACUCGACCUGUAGGUCUCCUCUCAGCUGUGUUUGAGCAUGCUUUCUGAACUGAAGAGAAACUGAAACUGCACCAAACAUCCAGGAUUGCGUUUCAGGAGAUACAGACAUCAGUAUCUCAUCAAAAGAGUUUGGAUAUGUUGCCCGUCCCUGCUGUGGAUUAACAGAGCCUCCACGCUGUUCAGAGCCUCUGAAAUUACGUGUUUGGUGGUCUGACUUUAAAAUGUUUUUAAAGAAAGGGAUUUGCCCAUUUCAGCCCAAAACCUUGACGUCAGUCCAAAUAACUCCAACGACCGGGAGCACUAGUUUCUGUGCCUGAGCUUUCAGUUUCACUGGAUAAGAAUGCCAGAGAUUGUAUCACAAAGACUGCUGGAUCUGAGACGUGUGAUGGCCUAAAGCGAGAGGUGAUUUGCGAGCACUUGGCAGAGCAGAUUGGCUGUCAGUGUGACUGUCUGAUCUCAUUGUUGUGAGAGGGAGAAAAAAAAGUGGAGAGCCGCGGGGCAACGAGAGCUCCAGUUUCAGUCUGGAGCUGUGAUUUACUCUCAGGACGGUCAACAGCAGAGGUGAUACUGCAGCUUUGUGGCUCACAUCUAAUCUCUGUUCAGAUGUACUUUCAGUCAUACAUUAGGUUUUAGAUUUUAGAUUUUCUUCCUUCCAGGCAGCCUUUUAGUUUCUAUGAAAGUUCACUUGCAGAGAAUUGUAAUGUAAGCAGGAAGCGGACAAACCAUCAUGAACACUAAAAUCACUUUGCAAUAGCAACUGCUUUUAUGAAGCUUCACGUUUGUCUGGCACUGAAUCAGAGGUGUUUAAAGUUGGUUGCAUGAUUUAAAAGGUAUUUCUGAUGUAUUACAACGUGGGUCUUGUUGUUGUUGUUGUUGUUAUUUCUAUAGGGUGUCCACAGAGUUUUUUAUAGCUCAUAAAGAUUGAUUGGAUUGAUAAAGUUAACAUGCUUUUAAAUGUGUUUUGGGGGGAAGUGUGUAGUGAUCACGCUGUAACAACUAUAAAACAGGUACAAAACAGUAUGGACGUAAAUGAAUGGUCUGAACCUGUUUUUAUCAGGAACGAACUCACCAGAGACGGCCAGAGACAUGAGCAGACAGACAGACAGAAAGACAACUGUAAGCUGUAAACAACCAACAGGUUAUCCAAAUGUACAAAGUGUUAAAUGAGUGUAGAGCACAGAUUACAGAGCCACCCUAGCUGUUUCUUUGUGCUAAGCUAGACUAACCGUGUCCUGGCUGUAGCUUCAUAUUUAUCCUGCAGAUAUGAGCGUGGUGUAGAAGAAUGUGAGUAAGCGCAUUUCCCAACUAUUCCUUUAACCUGAGUACAGUGUUAUCAGUAGUGAUAGACAUAAAGGACGAGCUAUGAAAAUAAGUUGUAAUAAACUGAAAAGAUCCGUUUAUUUCUGAGAUGGUGUUGUAUUCAGUUACACUUUGAAAUGUCUACCCCCUUUAUUGUCACCCUCUCCUCUGGGGUUUUCAGUGCACUCCAUUUGUUCACUGUUACAUUAUCACUGUAUGGUAGUGUGUUGCUGCUUGGACAUCUGAGACUUCACUCAUUGGUUAAACAGCAUAUUAUUUCUUAAAAUUUUGUUCACCAGGUUUGGUUUUUAGGUCAUUGAGCUUCUCCCCAGCACUUGAACACAUCAGGCAGAUUUAAGAUGUACAUGAUGUUGACCGUGAUGGAUUAUCUAUCUGCGAGUGUCGUAGAAAUGAAUUCAAAUCAAUGGCUGUCUGGAAGGAAAGGAACAAUGGAAGAACUGAUGGGGGAUUUGUAGAUUAAUGGUGUAAAACAUGAAAACACUAGUUGUCCUGUAAGACUCACCAGCAGGAUGAAGCUGGUGUGUUGUGGUUUGUAAAUUAUUCUGGUCUGAAGUUUACUGUAAUUGGAUGUUUCACAGUGGAGAUGUACAGUAUUUUUCAACCGCUGGUCAAAGUUUAUACACGGAGUAUUAAAUAUGUUUCACAGUU